GGCCUUUCUGCAUUCUGUGGGCUGCGUUUGUGUUUAAGGUGUGCGUGCGUGCGUGCGCGCGUGCGUUAGGGGCGUGGAGGUGGAGGGGAGUGUUGCAUCCUCUCACGUGACCAGCCUGUCUGUCCUCUCCUCAGUCCGGAUCUCUUUGUUGUGGUUGCAGCUGCUGCUCUCUUUACGCACCGCGUCUCCGCUCCAGCCGGAGCCGUGUACCGCUUCACCGCCGCGCGGACAGACACAGCCGGAGCGACUGGGAACCGGGACGUGCAGAGUCGCUACGUGCGCGACAUCCCGCAGAUAUACGCUGAAUUACAUCAAUAUACCUCAAAGGACGCGGAGCUUCGGGUGCGGAGGACGGACUGAUGGCGAGAAUGCUGCCGCUGCCUCCUCUGCUUCCUCUCUGGACACACCGGACCGCCUCCGAGGCUUCCUGAACGCGGAAUCAGGCGAGGAGCUCCCUGCACAUUCCUCCAUCUUCACCACAGACUUCUGCGCUCUCUCUGCUGCUUUCUCUCCAGCCUUUGGCGCUGUCCUGUCAGCGGGACACAGCGUGAGGCAGCCGGGGUGUUAGGCUAUCUUUUGCGUCUCUGACUGCUUCACCCGGGAUUACGCUCAAUUGUUUGCACGCCUUUUAAACUGUAUCGAGUACCGAGUGAUUUGUCCGCCUGUCUCUGGAGAUUGGAUCACCAUGGUGUCAGGCCCUGGAAGGUGUUCCGGGCGUCCCGGCGGGGUUGUCCGGUACCUGGCGUCCGCCUGCCUGCUGUCUCUGCUGCUCUACCUGCCGGAGGCUCGGGCGUCCUAUAGCCCACAGAGCGGAGAGUGCAAAGGCAAAGGGAAGGACUGCACAGAUCUGUCAGAGAAGAAGAGCGACCUGAGGGUUUGCGAUGACUCCACCUGUCGAUUCGGAGGCGUCUGCAGAGACGACGGAGCUCAGCUCAAAUGCGUCUGCCAGUUCCAGUGCCACAAACACUACGUCCCUGUGUGCGGCUCAAACGGAGACACCUACCAGAACGAGUGCUACAGGCGACAGGCGUCCUGCAAACAGCAGAGAGUCAUCUCCCGGGUGUCCGACGGGCCCUGCUCGCUGGUGAAUCCUGGUUCCGGCUCAGGAGACGGAGACGAUGAUGAGGGGUCGGCCUCUGACGUUGGGAAGAAGUUCACCAAGUGCAGCACGUGUAAAUACGGAGCCGAGUGUGAUGAAGACUCGGAGGACGUCUGGUGCAUAUGUAACAUCGACUGCAGCGGCCACAAUGAAAACCCGGUGUGUGCCACUGAUGGGAACUCCUACAACAACCCCUGUCUGGUCCGAGAGGCGUCGUGUAUGAAGCAGGAGCAGAUCGACGUCAAACACCUGGGCAGAUGCCCCGCUGAUAAAGAGAAACUGGGGAAGAAAGACGACAGCAGUCCUUUCAAAGUAAACGUCUUAGAAACCACAGGUCUGGACCACGGUGACGGUUUCUACGCCGGGAUGCCGAUCCCCUGCGCUGACAGCUACGCCGGCUUCUGUGUUCACGGGAAAUGUGAAAUCAAAUACAACAUGGCCACCUGCAGGUGUGACGCAGGCUACAAAGGCUCUCAGUGUGACGAGCCUCAGGACUUCAACAUCCUCUACGUGGUUCCCAGUGGACAGAAGCUGCACUACGUCCUCAUCGCCGCCAUCAUCGGCGCCGUGCAGAUCGCCAUCAUCGUCGCCGUGGUGAUGUGCAUCACAAGGAAAUGUCCAAAAAACAACAGGGGUCGCCGGCAAAAACAAAACCUGGGACACUUUUCCUCGGACACUAACUCCAGGAUGGUAUAGCCGUGUUUGUCUGCGUUCUUUUUGAUAAGUGUUUUCUUACGGCGUGGGAAUACCAUUUUUUUAACGGUAGACGUGUAGUAUUAAUUAUUAUUUUUUCUCUCCUGGGAAACCGUAAAAAAAGAAGAAUGAGAAUAUUUAUUUAAGGGGCCUUAAUUUCUCUAUUUUGUUUCUGGAUGGAAUCGUUGCACAUUCAUUUGCACGAUCAGGAUUUGUCUUUCUUUGCCGCAAGACCAACAACAAGGAGGCGAAUCGUCAAAACUCGCUGUCACUUUACAUCGUUACCAUGUUCGGAUGUCUUAAUUACUUUAAAAUGAUUCAUUAGAGGAUUUGUUUAAUGCAUUAUAAAUACGGUACCUUUUGGUAAACUGCUAACAGAGUAAUGGCCGCCCCUGUGGAAUGUGAUAUUUAUUGAAAAGGAUUAUUUCGACGCCCCUUUCUGUUUUACCUUUUACUAAUAAUGUGCAGCUGAUCACCAAAUGCAGUUUUAAUUAGUCUGUUUUUGUAGGAGGUGAGUGGGGGCAGCCAGUGAUAUAGAUACUGUAUGUUUACACUUAUUCUUUGGUAUGAAAGUCCAUGUAAAGACUUCACUGUGUUCAAACAAGCUAAUAAUUUAUUAUUAUUAUUAUUAUUAUUAUUUUCUUUAAAGUAGUUUUUACUUUUUAUGUUAACUUUUAUUUUAAACGUUGGUUUCUAAAAUUCUAGUUGCUGUAUAUUCGCAUGACUUGUGAAAACUGUGUACUGUGGUGUAGUUUUAUCUUUGUAAAAGAAGAGCCGACGGCCUCGACGCCGCCUCCAUCUCUGAGCCGCAGAGAUCCGAUGGAGACGGAAAUCCCGGAGAACAUGGCGGGGGAAGGUUUUAGUCGGUGUUAAAGAAAGGAAUGUGUUAUGUCUUUACCCGCACCAGAAAUAACAAAAGAAAACACUUGGUGGGAAACACUGAGUUCCCCUGAAACCACUUCAGCUUUGACGAGGAACAGAUUCGUGGUGAUUUUGACGCUCAGAGGCAGGAAUGUUUUUUGCAUCUUCGCCCGAGCAAAAUCUGAAUUCAGAGGAUUGUAAAGGAAGUGUGUCGGCUGUUUCGGGGGAUUGAAGGACUUGACUGCGCACGGAGGUCAACUCUAAAUGAUAUUUUUUAUGUAAGUCUUGGUUGCUCAGAUUGCUGUAAUCAAGGCUUUUCUUUUGAAUGUGAGAGAAUAAUUCUGUCAUUUGUUUUAGUUUUUGCAUUUGCUCCUCAGCGAGACUUUCCAAGCACAGGGGAUCCCAUACAAAAAAAAACUACAAUAAUCCCAUAGGCAAUAUUCAGACUUUACAGUUCUAAUGUUCCUUAAAGAUCCCAUUUUCUUCUGGUAUUUACAUGUGAUCAGAUACAGUUCCUCCAGAUAUUAGUCAGUCAUUAAAGUCUCUUAGCGUAUUAAUGUUACGAAGACAUGUACUGUGUGUAGAAAGGUAAAUAACAACCAUAACACUAGACAUCAAUCAAUCCUAAGAGUAUGUGGACAGGAACUUUACAUCCAGUGAAUGACAAUGCUUUUCCUGUGUUGUCCCCUUGUGUCCCUGAGUUCAACCUGUUAUAAAACGCACAAAAAGGCAGAACUUUACUUGUAGAAGAAGUCUCAUCAUUUAAUUUCUAAUUGUCAGAAUCUUUAAAUCUUGCUCUUGAGCAUAAACUCCACUUCCGUCCCCCCUCAACACUCUCAGGCCCCAUGCACACUACUGCGUUUUGGUUUUAAAACACAGACCUUUGUUACAUUAGCACCUCCCGUCCAGACUAAAACGGCGAAAACGAAGAUUUUGAAACCGCUGCCGACCCCGUUGUUUGUUUAAAAAUUCCGGCCAGCGUUUUAGUGCGGACGGGCAAAAACAGAGGACUUUAGAAACGAUGACGCAGACGCUCUCUGAUUGGGUCUUAGAAGUCAUGCAAAGCAGAAACACGAUUUGGUACAUUCUGUACUGUACAAAUACCACUUAUCUGCCUACACUUUGUGCAUGUCGCCAUAUUUACUUUGCAACGAUUGUAUUUCUUUAUUCUUUCGUCAAAUCUUCUGUAACUACGGAGACGCUUCAUGUUUACACCGGCACGCGCACGCCUAGUGUACAUGAACAGCCACUAGAUGUCGUUUUCAGUCGUUUUAAUGUAGACGGAGAUCAACUCUGAUACACAGCGAAAACGCUGCUGUGGACGGAGAUCGUGUUCGUUUUAAAACUCAGUUUUUAAACAAAAAUGGAGUAGUGUGGAUGAGGCCUCAAACUGAAAUCUUUGUUUCUUCUGAUGAGCGUUUUCACACUUUUUACACAUUUGACUUUCUGCUUUACAGCAGACCAGUCUUUGUAAUGUAAAUCAAGAUAAACUUCUCCUAGUAGCGUCCAGCGAUAACAGCUCUAAUCAUUUUGUUUGAAUGAUCCUUAAACUUCCUACGUAUGACGCAGUCGUGUAUUUGUUGAUGUUCAGGAGGUGAAAGAAAUCGCCCUUGUUCACAUAUUCUUUAUGUACAAGCUGAAUAUCCGUAAAUGUCGAGGUGUUUCCACAGAGAUGUUUAUCAGUAUCGUCAGUUAUAUUUACAAUAACAUAACAAAAUCUACUUGCUCAUAGCUGAUUUGUUCCAACAAUGUGAACAUUCACCAAACAAACUUCUGAAUGACGUGAACACAAGUGGUAUUUUCUAAAUCAGGAGCUCCGAGGGCAAUUAACUAUGCAUUAACUCCACUGCCAUUUACUCCAACUUAUAGUUAUAGAAUAUUGACAACUAAAACUGAGACUGCGAAAAGAAAGAAGGGAAGAAGGGAAGAAUUUAAAGCGAGCGAAGGACUUCAGCUGAAGCUACAUUUGAUUGUUUAAUUAGUUUAUGGUAAUGGAUAGCUGCCCAGUCAGGUGGCUGAAGUCGCUCAGACCCAAUAGCACCAUCUAGUUUUAUAUAAGCCUCCUCGAUGGUACAAAUAACUCUUAAAUUAUCCCAUUAACUUAUCGUUCGAUCUAUGACCAAACUAUAACCUGUUAGCUCCAGAGUAUUUUACCAGCUGGCCCCACAAGCAGUCACAAAAGCUAGCCUACUGCUGGCUAGUAUCAAACAUGAGCUAGUGAUAUUAGCCUACCGCUAAUAAGGGCAAGCUAAACUUAGUUUUAGCUCACAGAAUGUGAAAACAAUAAUAAUUAAGAAAACAUUACUUACAAAAUAUAUUUUAAUCCCCAGAGAACAAUCUGUCUUAUGGCCAUAAUAAUGGAUUCAAUAAUCAUUUAUAUUUUCUUGUGCAUGGUUAGCAAAGGAAACGUGUCCUUGACCUUACUCGAUUCAGUAGGCUGACUUCCUCUUUCUACCUGCGCUUCUUCCUCUGUGUUAAUCUGCGGAGGGGGAACUGAAGCGGAGGUUGUGCUGAGUUCAGGGAGGUUUGUCUUCUCUGUGUCUUCAGAAUGUUUUGUUUUCCAUCACGGGAGUUUUUCUGUAACGUCUUAGUCUGAGUCUGCAGGUCGUAGGUCAGCCCCCCCACCCCGCCCCCCACCUCGCAACAUGCUCCUAUACUUGUUGUCGAUCAUCGCAGCCGUGACUUCUCUAAAUGUGACUAGAAUGUGUUUGACAUGUUAAUAUUCUGCAUGUAGACCGUGAGAGGCUAUUUUUGGUCUCUGCCAAAAUAAAAAAGGAAAUGUUUUUUUAAUGUA